UCAGCAUCGACAGUCAUCAGUCAGCAGCUAAAUCAUUAAGAUCAGCAGCAGAUCAAUAAAGCAAGAUGAGCAAAAUUGUUUCUUUGAUCGUGGUAGCCAUUUGUGUGCUUGGAGCUUUCGCAGCGGCAAUGCCUCAGCGUCCUUUGACCCAACCGCUGAUCUACUAUCCGCCACCACCAACUCCACCAAGGAUCUACAGAGCACGGCGCCAGGUUUUGGGUGGUUCUCUGGCCUCAAAUCCGAAUGGCGGAGCUGAUGCCCGGUUGGAUCUGAGCAAGGCCGUGGGAACUCCUGAGCACCAUGUUGUUGGACAGGUGUUCGCAGCGGGCAACACCCAAAGCAAACCGGUAGCCACUCCCGUAACCAGCGGCGCCACCCUGGCCUACAACAAUCACGGCCACGGCAUCGACCUGACCAAAACUCAUACGCCCGGAGUGCGGGACAGCUUCCAGCAGACGGCCACCGCCAACUUGUUCAACGAUGGAGUCCACAAUCUGGAUGCCAAGGCCUUUGCCUCGCAAAACCAACUGGCCAAUGGCUUCAAGUUCGAUAGGAAUGGGGCUGCCCUGGACUACGCCCACAUCAAUGGCCAUGGAGCCACCUUGACGCACGCCAACAUUCCCGGGUUCGGUAAGCAGUUGGAGCUGGCAGGUCGAGCCAAUCUCUGGCAGUCGCAGGACCGCAACACGAGAAUCGAUCUCGGCAGCACGGCCUCCAAGUGGAUCAGUGGACCGUUGAGUGGACAGAGGGAUCUGGGCGCCAACCUAGGAAUCUCCCACUACUUUGGUUAAGAGAGGUCUACCAUAAAUUAUU